AUGUCAUUAUUACCGUUAAAGGGUGAUAUACCAAAGUUUUUAGAGCCCUAUCUUCCUCAGCGAGUGGACGGGAGUUAUGGACGACCAUUUGUUACGCUAACGUACGCUCAAUCGCUUGAUUCGAGGAUCUCUAAGGGCCAUGGCCUCCGGACUACAAUAUCCCACCCGGAGACCAAAACCAUGACGCAUUACCUGAGAUACCACCACGAUGGGAUACUAGUAGGCAGUGGUACAGCAUUGGCAGAUGAUCCCGGCCUCAAUUGCAAAUAUGGCGGAACACGAUGCUAUGAACAUUCACCAAGGCCAAUUGUGCUCAAUGGGCAACAAAGAUGGAAGUUUGAAGGAUCCAAGAUACAAGAACUUUUUUUGAACAACCAGGGUCAGGCCCCAAUUGUCGUAGUAUCCGAAGAGCCUAGCGUUAAGGAAGAACACGUCACUUACCUAGUCUGUCCUUACAACGAUUCGUUAAAGGUCGAUUGGCGGACUUUGCUAGAAAAGCUAUAUCAUGAAUUCAAUAUACAUUCAGUAAUGGUAGAAGGUGGAGCUGUUGUCAUCAAUGAGCUAUUACUAAGAGGUGAUUUAGUCGACAGUCUUAUCAUAACCAUAGGAUCAACGUUUCUUGGCGAAGCCGGUGUGGAAGUCAGCCCUUCUCAUUCAAUACAGCUUCGGGAAGUCAAUUGGUGGAGAGGCACAACAGACGCUGUAAUGUCUGCUAUGUUAUGCAACAGUGGGAAUGACAAUUUUGUUUAA